GGCCUAAAUCUGACACGUACUAUUCCCCCCGUGGCAACUACCCAGGGUCGGUGACAGCCAGAGCCGGGCGAUGCCCCCAGCCGACGGGUGGACAGAGGCGCCGUCAGGUUUCUCGGAGUCUCUGCGGAGUCCCUGGGCCAGACCCCGUAGUGAAGGCUGCAGGAUCUUCCUUCCAGCCCCAGAAGCUCUGGUUGAGUCCACGGACCCGCCUGGCCUCAGGGUACCGGGAAGAGCGGAGUUGUCACCAGGAGAGCCUGAAGGUUGAGGCUCAGCGGGACAAUGCCAGCCAACCGGAGCUCUCCCCAGUGGUCCCCAGCCCUGGCUGCAGAGGGACAUGGCAGUGUGUGUGAGGUGUCAUUUGAGGAUGUGACUGUGGACUUCAGCAGGGAGGAGUGGCAGCACUUGGACCCUGCUCAGAGGCUCCUGUACCGGGAUGUGACACUGGAGAACUAUAGCCACCUGCGCUCAGUGGGGUACCAAGUUCCCAAACCAGAGGUCAUCUUCAAGUUGGAGCAAGGAGAGGGGCCAUGGACGUUGGAAGAGGAAACCCCACAUCAGAGCUGCUCAGAUGAGGAUAAUGGGCAAAUGCAACAACAGAGAAUUUCUGAAGAAGUUUCAUUACACUGUGAGAAAUUUGGUCAGUCCAUAGGAAAAGAUUCAUUGUGUUCCAUUUUAGAAGAACUGUGGCAAGAUAAUGACCGGCUAGAGAGAUAUCAAGAAAACCAAAAUAACCCUUUAAGUCAUGUGAAAGUAUUGAUUAAGGAGAGGGGCUAUGAAUGUGAAAACAUUGAAAAAAUAAUUCACGUGAGUACCAGGCUUGUUCCUUCCAUUAAAAGACUCCAUAACUAUGACACAUUUGGAAAGAGUUUGAAGCAUACUUUAAACUUACAUAAUCAUAAUAAAAUCAAUGCAACAAAGAACUUUGAUAAGAUUUUUAGAAAUGGUAACAAUUUUGCCCAUAGCUCUUCCUCUACUAAGAAUGAGAAUGCUAAUACAGGAGCAAACUCCUGUGAACAUAAUCAAUGUGAAAAACAUCUUGGCCACAAACAAGUUCUCACCCACCGUCAGAAAAUUCAUACUGAAGAGAAACUUUAUGUGUGUACUCAAUACGUACAGACGUUCACCCAAAAGUCACAUCUUUUUGAGCAUCAGAGAAUUCAUGCUGGAGAAAAAUCCCAUGAAUGCACCAAGUGUGAGAACAUCUUCACUCAGAAGCCGCAAACUGAGGUACCUCAAAGUGUUUACACAAGAGAGAAACCUUUUAUAUGUACUCAAUGUGGGAAGGCCUUUACACUCAGGUCAAACCUCAUUACACAUCAGAAAAUUCAUACUGGGCAGAAACCCUAUAAAUGCAGUGAAUGUGGAAAAGCCUUUUUCCACAGAUCAUAUCUCUUUAGACAUAUGAGAAUUCAUACAGGAGAAAAACCUUAUGAAUGCAGUGAAUGUGGAAGAGGCUUCUCCCAGAAUUCUGACCUCAAUAUACAUCAGAAAACUCAUACUGGAGAGAAACACUAUGCAUGCGGUGAAUGCGGGAAAGCCUUCACAAGAAAAUCAGCACUCAGGAUGCAUCAAAGAAUUCACACAGGAGAGAAACCUUAUGUGUGCACUGAAUGUGGGAAGGCCUUCAUCCAGAAAUCCCAUUUCAAUACACAUCAGAGAAUUCAUACUGGAGAGAAACCUUACGAAUGCAGUGACUGUGGGAAAUCGUUCAUUAAGAAAUCACAACUCCAUGUGCAUCAAAGAAUUCAUACAGGAGAAAAACCUUAUAUAUGUACAGAAUGUGGAAAGGUCUUUACUCAUAGGACAAAUCUCACUACACAUCAGAAAACUCAUACUGGAGAGAAACCGUAUAUGUGUGCCGAAUGUGGAAAGGCUUUCAGUGAUCAGUCAAAUCUCAUUAAACACCAGAAAACUCAUACUGGAGAGAAACCCUAUAAAUGCAAUGGCUGUGGAAAGGCCUUCAUAUGGAAGUCACGCCUCAAAAUACAUCAGAAAUCUCAUAUUGGAGAGAGACACUAUGAAUGCAAUGAAUGUGGGAAAGCCUUUAUCCAGAAAUCAACACUCAGUGUGCAUCAGAGAAUCCAUACAGGAGAGAAACCCUAUGCUUGUCCUGAAUGUGGGAAGGCCUUCAUCCAGAAAUCACACUUCAUUGCACAUCAUAGAAUUCAUACUGGCGAGAAGCCUUAUGAAUGCAGUGACUGUGGGAAAUGCUUCACGAAGAAGUCACAACUCCGGGUGCAUCAGAAAAUUCACACAGGAGAGAAACCCAAUAUAUGUGCUGAAUGUGGAAAGGCCUUCACUGACAGGUCAAAUCUCAUAACACACCAGAAAAUCCAUACUAGAGAGAAACCCUAUAAAUGCAGUGACUGUGGAAAAUCCUUCACCUGGAAGUCACGCCUCACUAUCCAUCAGAAAUCUCAUACUGGAGAGAGACACUAUGAAUGCAGUAAAUGUGGGAAGGCUUUCAUCCAGAAAGCAACACUAAGUUUGCAUCAGAUAAUUCAUACAGGGAAGAAACCUUAUGCUUGUACAGAAUGUCAGAAGGCCUUCACUGACAGGUCAAAUCUCAUUAAACACCAGAAAACUCAUAGUGGAGAAAAACUCUAUAAAGCCAGUGAUGAAAAUGCCUUCAGCUGGAAAUCACAACUGGAUAUGCAUCAGCUGUCUCAUAGUGGAGAGACGAGGAGUGCCUGAUACAUCAAUCAUUGUGCAGGGGGAGUAGAUAUGACAAACUACAAACAGCCUAAGUGAACAGAAGGCAAACAAAGCCAAGUAUCCUUCAGUCAGGUGGAAUACAAGUUGAUAUGCAAUUAUAUGCAUAGGGAGACACUUUGAUAAAGCAUUUGAGCAAUAGCCCUCUUUGGUUUUAUGAUUCACAUAGGUACUCUCAAUUUCCUGCAAAUGGUAGAAAUAGAGACCCCAGGAGAUGACUUGUAAUCUCCUGUGUUUCACUUUUUGGAUAAAGGGCUUUAUAAAUUCAGCACUGAUUUGUCCUUCAUACCUUGGGAUGUAAAAGUCCUCAAUACUGGCCAAUAAUUUUUUUCAAAUUUCUAGGGUGGGGAGAAGAGUAUUCAUUGUUCUAACACCUCUGGGGCACUGAAGUACAGGCAAAAACCAAUUUGGGAAUGUAUAAUAGAUCUCUGAGUAGAAGCCAGAAGUUUUUGUUAUCAUUGACAUUUAAGACACAGAAAAUAUUGCCCUGAGGAACUGUUCUUUCUCUUCCCUUUCAGAAGUCACCAUGGUAUAUUUUUAAAAAAUUAAAUAGAAUUUUUAAACUUAAAGUCUGACUUUAUGCAUUGGCAAAUUAAGCAUAGCUCUAACCUAUGUUACAGGAAUAGAGUUAUUAAAUGUUACACACACCUAAAGGUGGAAAUUGUUCCCUCAUUAAUUCUAUGCUGUGGCAGCAGGUGAUUCGCACUCGAAAAUGGUAGGCAUACCUUCUAACCUGUACCCCAAAAGCUAUCAUUUAUGUAAGCUGCAGACCAUAAACUUCUUAUCCCCUUAGUAACUGACCCUAAGACAAUGAAACUGAGCCACAGCACUCUGGACUUUCCAUCUCAUCCACUGAAGCUUCUGCUUUCUCUGGGAUUUCUGUUUGAAAAACAAUGGUUAAGAAAUUUCAGGGCUUCCCUGGUGGUGCAGUGGUUGAGAGUCCGCCUGCUGAUGCAGGGGACACGGGUUCAUGCCCCGGUCUGGGAAGAUCCCACAUGCCGUGCAGCGGCUAGGCACGUGAGCCAUGGCCGCUGAGCCUGCGUGUCCAGAGCCUGAGCUCUGCAACGGGAGAGGCCACAAC